AUGCGGUGGUCUUCAAUAUUCACCUUAAUAGUGUCCCUGUUACUACUAGGGACAUUGGCAGCGCCCGUUUUGGGCCCAGGACGACGCGAUGUUGAAGUUGCGAACCUUCAGGUCAGACAGGCAAAAGAAACGGAUCCUACGACUAUAGAGAAUACUGUCAACGAGGCAGAGACGACAACUCAAACAGAUACAUCAAAAGCAGCAACUGAUGCGUCAACCACCGAAGCUACAACGACAGAUGCUACUGCCUCAACUACUGGCUCAACUGCUGCUAUAACACAUCCCGCAACAAAUGCCACGACGACUACUUCUGCCGCUUCCGCUACCUCUACAGUGCCAUCACUCGACGGAACAACUGCAUCUUCUCAGCAGGAAGCGGCAGACUCCACUAGGCCAACAUAUUCCGGUGGUCUGCCAAUUAAACCGACAAUCACGCCAGCAUGGGGUGUUGGGGGAUUCAUACUAAUAGCCCUCGGGGCUGUGCUGACUUUCAUUGGUGUUCGCAAACAAUGGGUCCAAAUCUUCCUCUCAACCGCAUUCCUCAGCGCCUUAGGAGUUACCGUCCUGAUUAUCUAUGUGAUGAGCCCACCGGUAACCAACGCCGUGCAGGGUGGCUAUCUCGUCGCUGUCUUCUUCACUGGCGCUGUGUUUGGUGGUCUAUCGCUCGUUUUCAGAGAAAUCUGCGAGGGACUGGGCUGUCUUCUGGGUGGUUUCUGCCUGAGCAUGUGGUUCCUUGCCUUAGAAUCUGGCGGUCUUCUUACUGAAAGUGGUCCCAAGGCUGGCAUGAUCAUUGCCUUUACCGUUGGAUUCUACUCCCUAUCAUUCAGUCAUCAUACACGGCCAUACGGGCUGAUCGGGUGCACCUCGUUCUCCGGUGCAACUGCCUUGGUCAUUGGAAUCGAUUGCUACAGUAGAGCUGGACUGAAAGAGUUCUGGCUAUAUAUCUGGGGAUUGAACCAAAAUGUCUUCCCUCUCAGGACGGACACCUACCCCGUGACACGUGGUAUCCGUGUUGAGCUCGCCGCGACUAUAAUUAUUUCUGUCCUGGGAGUAAUCUCCCAGGUCAGACUUUGGAAUCUUAUCAAGGAGCGCAGAGCUAAAGAAGAAGAUUCCCGUCGGGCACAUACCCGAAAGAUCGAGGAAGAAGAUGCCGAAGCCGGUCGCCGCCUCGAGGAAAAGAAUAUCCAAGAGCGCGCUGAAUGGGAACUUAUUUACGGAAACGGAAAGGCUGCAGAUAGCAAAGCCGUCUCAGUUUCAGAGACUGCUGUCGGUGACUCGCGACGGGGCUCGGAUGGGUUCGAGGCUUCUGACAACGAUAAGGAGGGGGAGAUAGAAUUAAAGGAAAUGCACAGCCCAGAUGCUUCUGGUAGUUCCUCUGGUGGCGAGAAGAACCGCCACGGUGAAAACGAUGCUCGUGAACUUGAGGCUGUGCCGGAGGAGGAUCCCUCACAGCAGAGGCAGUCAUGGGAUGCAGAUCACGGAAAGGGUGCAGAGAAGGAGGGUCAUUCUGAAGGGAAAAUACCGAGACCUUCUACACCUGUUGGUACUCAUAUCAUUGGCGAGGGCAAUGAUGAAUGCUCCGAGAACGGUGCUGACAUCGGCUCGGAGGUUGGUACGCCGCGCUCAAAACGGUUCUCUGGAACAGAAUUGCUGAAGCGGCUCUCUUUGCGGAGCGGCAAUGGUGUGAUGGCUAUUUCAGAGUCUCAAGAGAAUCUGGUGGAUCAUGACGAUGACAAUUCUUCUGUAUUGGGAGUUGUGGAUGAUAUCCAUGAGAUGAGCGACGGCUGUCCGAGUGUUAUCUCAGAUGCGGAUGUUCAUGAUCGCGUUGAGAAAACGCAACCAACACAGCAAGAAACUAGCACCGCCGAGCUAGUUCCAGAGAAGGAUUCGACAGAUAUGGCGGUCAAGUCGAAUGAUGGCGCACAAGCUGUCCCAGAUACUGAACUCCAUGUCGAUACAGCCAUAGUCCAAAAGGAUACGGAGAAAGUAACCCCCGAAGAAACUACUGUCAGCCACAGUGCUCCGCAGGUGUCUUUCUUCGAGAGCACUGUUCCCGCUGGCACUCUUUUGGGGAAGUUUAGCAUUUCCGAGGUGUCGGAGAAGCCCAAAUCGCCGGAAACACCGCCAACAGUUGUUCAAGCAGACUUUCCAGAUGCUCCAAGGAAGACCGAUGAAGUCAAGCCCAAAGUUACAUUGGAGUCGUCGCCUCUGAGAGAUACAGGAGAGGAUAAGGUGAAAGAGACCAAUGAAGAUCGACCUCCUAUUGCCAAAACUAUCAACCCGGAGUCCAUCACAGAACCGACUACUAUAUCUUUGCCCGAGCUCAAGGUUGAACCAAAGAUCAAAGUGCUCAAGAAACUGGAUGCAUCAACCGUCAAAUGCAUCCCCGAGCAAACCUCACGAGUGAUCCAUUCGUACCGCACGAACGAAUGGGCCAAGCAUCUCGCAGAUGCCGAAACACCAGAGAUGGAGCCAAUUAAGUUUGAACCUGAACCCGAAGCAGAAAACGCAGAGGUUCACGAGACUGCAGCAUUUGUUGAUGUGGGCGGUCUUCUCCAGACGCCUCUUACCGCACAGCCACCACCAGUCGUGAACAGGCUUGAGUUUAAUGAUAUGGACAAUCAACAAUCUGCCUAUAUCUCAUCGAUGCCCUCGCCAGAUAUUCCGCAAUCCAAGACACGGACCAGUGCCCAAGGUCUCACCACAGCGAAGCUAGCGUUAACUCGCAAUAACUCGACAGCUUCAGUCAACAUUCCACGUUCAGCCUCUGGCCCGCUUCCAAUUCAGGAAUCGAGAUUGAGGUCGAUCCGCAAUAUAUCGACUCCCCUGUUGACAAUCACUACUCCCAACGAGCCCAAAGAAACGGAGCCAUCACCACGCUGGAACGGACCACCUCCCCUCCUCGCAGUCCGUGAAAAUAUGGUUCGAAACCGCAUGUCCUCAACAUCUAACCGCUUCGAUCCAUGGGCCGCACGCAAUAUAUCCCGCCAGUCCCUACCUGAAAUGGCGCCCGUCAUCUCCCCAAUCUCACCACCGCUCUCCAUCCCCGAAGAAAGAGAGGUAGAACACCAACAAGCCCUACCCAACGAGGAUGAUAUCCCACUUUCCAAGCGGCGCGCCCUACUACAGCGCCAAACAAUGCAGUCCCCUGCAGCCAGUCUUGCCAGCCUCGAGGCUCCCCAAUUCCCUGUUUACUCCUCACCAGCUCCUGCCGAGCUGAACCGGUCUGCUUCAAGAAUGGCAGCGUGGCGACAGUCUGUUCGCGAGGAAAUUACCCAGAAGCGAGAUCCUUUGGCCCUCCAGUCCCCACCCAUCAGCGCGGCCAAUUCCGUAGACCGCCCGCGCACAUGGAACUCUGUUCAACAAAUGCGGGAGGCCUCAUCUGCUCAGCUGGGCGAUGCCAUUGCAGACGGUGUGCAGCGUGGAAACAUGGCGGAUCUACACCGUCAAGCAAUGCGGCCCAAUCGCGCCCAAGUGGAGUCAACUCCGUCAUUCGUUCGCGCCCAGCGGCGACAGUGCGUUCCGAUCACAGGCCCGCCGUCGCUCCUCCGCCCGCCAGCAGUCCGACUCGCAAACCCAGUCAACUACGUCCCACGAAUAACCCCAAUAAGUGUCCACCCACACCAAUCCGACGAGAGCCUCCCACUCGGCUUCGGCCACUCACGCGACGCCCACCCCCUCCUUAGUGUCCCAGAGCGACGCCGCAGUCGUCUAACCCCAUCCCCGACCAGCCUACUCGUCGAGCGCAGCCAGGGGGAAACAGAAAGUGGCCGGACUAGCAUUGCCCUGCCCCCACGACACCGUCGCAGCGAAGACUUCGCCAGCGCAGAAAUGGCGUUCGCGGGUAGUGCAGCGCGGGAAACCGAGAACCUGCGUCCUCCCGAAGCUGUCCAUCUCACGCAGAACGGAACUCGUCAAAAUGACCGUGCCCGAUACGCACAGUCACAGACCUCCCUCCGCUCCCAGUCCCAGAUCGCGUCGGUCCCAUCCAAUACCAAUCUCCCGCACGCUGAUGUCGCUGAAGAGCUUGCUUGGGGCCCGGCUCAUCCCUGUUUCCCGCAUAUUAAUCCCCAUGUGCCUAUUGGGUCGCGGGAGCACAUGACGACGCGUGUGAUUCGUAUUCGACGCGAUUGGAUGAUCAAGGGUGAUUUGGCGCCGACGUUUUCGAAUCUGUAUCCUGAGAUUCUGGAUCCGUUGUUGUCAGAGCAAGAGUUUCGCAGGGUGAUUUCUACCGUCAAUGAUGGGAUUGUCAAGGCGUUUGAUCCGUUUAGUUUUCGGAAUUGGUUCGAUGGCGUGAUGGGCUUGUUGACUGGCUGGGUAUGGGAUGAUCUCAAUGCACCCGGGACAAAAAGCCAGUUGCAGAAUGUCGAGACUUGGUUGGAGAAUUGGAACCGUGAGGUCGGCGCCAAGGAUGGUGUGCAUAUUUGGAGCUUGAGGAGAACGGCAUAUAUGUCGCUUGAUAUUCAGAUUCCUGAUCCUAAGGUGGGCAUUGUACCCAGCGAGGCACCUUCGGCUCCUAAUACCAGGCCGAGUACUGGUAUUGGGGCUGGAUCUUGA